UGGAGGGAACUAAAAAUCCAAAUUAAUCAUAUUCAGCAAAACCCGAACUCUAUCAGAAUUUUUUAAGAAAUUGAUUGCGAGUUUUGAAGUAUCGGAAGAAAUGCAGAAAACGAUUGAAUCAUUCUUUAAUCACUCAUCAAAUCCUCCUCCAUCUGCAAAUUCCUACGAUUUAUUCGACGGAAUUAGGGAAACAAAGUUUCCAGAAAUUCGGAUCAAAUACACUCGUCAACCCACCAGGGUUGAAGAAUCAACAAGUGAUGUGUUAAUUGGGGAAGAAAUUUUCGAUGAGCAAAUCGAAAAGAGUGAGAAAUUUAAAGGAAAGAAUUUGAAUAAGAAGAGAAAGUAUGCCCAAUUUCAUUUGGAAUUGGGUCAGUCUGAUUUUCUUCUUCAUACUUGUAAAGUUUGUGGGAUUCAGUAUACUAAAGGGGAUGAAACUGAUGAGAAGGUUCAUACUUCAUUUCAUAAGAAUUUUACUCAUGGAAUCCCAUUUAAGGGUUGGCGCCAAGAGCGAUUGAUUCAUUUGCCAGCACUCAAAAGGGAUCGUAUCGUAGUUGUUUCGAAUUGUGAUCCUCCGGCUCAAAAGAAGAAGGUACAAGAAGUUGUGAAAAUGAUGGAGAUUGAACUCGGUGAUGGGUGGAUUUUCCAUGAGCUUUGUCAGGUUUGUACUGAUGUGGUGGAGUUAUCAGACUUAUCAUUGCAAUUUGUGUUUCAAAAGUUGUUCUGUAUGGGUCGAUUGUUGAAUAUAACCUUGGCUGAUUGGUUGUUGCAGGUGUAUUUGUUUAUAUCCUCACAAAGAGUUGUGGGUUGUUUGAUUGUGGAGCCAAUAAGCACGGCACACAAGCUCCUUUCAGACUCAGUGCAAAAAAUAUCGGAUAGUGCUAGUGGGAAAGAAGUAAUAGCUAAAGCAAAUACAUUACAGUUUGGUACGAUAUUCUUUCAAAGGGAAGUUUCCAGGAAAGGAUCUACCUAUAAAAGCUUGGAGGCCAUGGAUUCUAACUUACUUGGAUCCAUUGUCUGUGAAGAGGAGGCUACACCUGCUUCUUGUGGCAUUAGAGCUAUUUGGGUCAGUCCAUCAAAUCGAAGAAAACAUAUUGCAACUCACUUGUUAGAUGCUGUGAGGAAAAGCUUUUCUACAGACUAUGUUCUUGAGCAUUCGCAAUUAGCAUUCUCUAAUCCAACCUCAGCGGGAAAGGCAUUGGCAACCAAUUAUACUGGUACAGGAUCUUUUUUGGUGUACAAAACGUAGUUAUACAAAUAUUUUCUACAGUACUCCAAUGGGUAUUUGCUGUAUUAAAUCUUGUAAGUUUUGAAAUCACACUGGUUUUAGCUCC